GAGAGAGAGAGAGAGAGAGAGAGAGUCCACGCAACGUUUGGCCGAAUUGGCUGCUAACGCGAAUCGAAAGAAACGAACAAUCGAUGUUUCGUCGUCGCUGCAAGUUUUGUUGAUGCGAAAAUAGAUUCCAUCUCGCAGAUUUUGUCAUGUUUGUGAGAGAUUGAUCCUGGUGCAUCUCGUGGGUGAGAUUCUCCGACGCGAUGAUAACGAGAUCGAAUCUAGCAGAACAGCUGAGGGAGUAUCAGAUUAGAUCAAAGCAUGAUUGGGCCUCCGUUUCUUUCUUCUCUUCUACCUCCAAUUUCUCUUCAUCCAGGGUCGAUGUUGUAGUCUUUGUCAUAUGGGAGCUAGUGAUCUUAGCGUUCCUGGUGUUUUCAGCUGUAUCCUUGUACUUCAGGCGGUUGCAACUCGCAUUCAUCCUGGGUUGUGUCACCUUACUAUUGCUUGUUUGUAUGAAAUUCACAAAGCAAGUGAGACAAGCCAGGAAAAAGAAGCGAAGGAUGCUUCUUCCUCUCUCUAUGUAAAGACCAAUACCACUCAGCAGUUGCAAACCUUUUUUUUUAUCUUCUCACGCAACUAAACCCAACUCUUUCUUGGCAUGAGCAUUGAUGAAGAUGAUGGCAAAGCUCAGACUGACUCUGGGACACAUUGCUUUUGUUGUCCUUUGAAGAAGAAUCGACCUGACUUGAGAUAUGAAACCAGGGAAUGCAAUUUCAGGGCUUAGGUUAGACAAAUCAGAACAAAAGUGGUUGUAAAGGUUGUUUUCCUGUAUAAAGUAGUAUGGGAGGUUGCAUUGUUUUUGCUAGGCACAAUCACGGAAGAUGCACUCGAGCGUUUUGUGAUUAAAGAAAUAUACACUUUUCCAUAUAUCUAUGUUACACUUAAUAUCAUGGUGAAGUUCUUUAGA